AUGGCGCUUGAACAGCCAUCUCUUGACCAGAAAAUUGCCUACUUUGAUCGAUUAAAGGCGUUGCAAGACAAUGCAGAUGAUUUUGACGAACUUGAAGAACAAGACCGCUUGGUACGGGCACGGUUCUUCCACACAAGGACUAUCCCACCUAGACCGCAAGUAUUUGAAGGCAAUGCGGCACGGAAGAAUAAAUCACCACGGAAGCAAAUAGAGAAAAUUGAGCGACCGGGCUUAUCCAAAGAAACAACUAUAAAAGCCACGCCUCAGAAUCUCGUGCGCAACCGCCUCACUAGCCUCCUCGACCAAGAUGGCACUAUAAUACCCGACUCAGCUCGUCUGAAGAAGAAUAGCGUGACUUCACUUGAACGCUCUGAGACAAUAGAUUCCCCUUCAACGGGCCCCAAGAAACGGAAACGGGACUCGAUCAAUCUCCGCCCGGAGCGGGAACAAAUCUUCAAGGGCCUGUCGUUCUACUAUAUACCCAACAAUGACAUCGCGCCCUUAAGAAGACUGCGCAUAAAUAAGGCCCGUGAGUACGGGGCUUUGUGGACGCCAGACGUAGAGAGCGCUACGCACGUCAUUGUCGACAAGGGAAUCCAGUACGAGGACGUGGAAAAGAUUGUUUUGGGGCGGAAAGUGAAGUUGGUGAAUGAGGAAUAUCCGAUUGAUUGUAUUCGAUUCAGGGCGGUGGUGGAUGCGAGGCAGAGGAAGUAUGUGGUGCCGGGACAACCAGAGCGAGAUGAGGAGAAUGGAGAGGAAGCGCAGGUGGCAAGUUCGGAGGAAUCGACCCAGUCGUUAAAGAUCAAGCCUCAGCAUAGGAAUUUAAGGAGGUGGGAUUUUGUGCCGGUGUUGGGGACGCCUGAUGUGGAGGAUUCGCAGCGUGUUGGUUCGGGGGAUGUUGGGGGGGCUGCUGAUGGAGAGAAGGUUGUCCCUAGAAGUAGGGAGGACGAAGACCGGGUUUCUGGCGAGGAAUCUGAGAGAAACAAUUCGAAUGGGAAUGAUGAGUUGUCGCAGUACAUUUUGAUGAUGCAGGAGUUUAAGGGCCUUCCGCUUGAGAAUGACGACGACUACGAUAGCCGAUCUACGACGGACGGGGCUGAGGCUCAUUCACAUGCGGAAGAGGAUCGAGUGUCAUCUGAAGAAGAGCAGCGAACGACUGGGCCGGGCAAGAAACGCGGAUUUGGUGGCAAGCACACCCCGUUUGAGGAUCGGUUUGCUUGCAAUCAGGCUGGAGCUCAGGAUGCGUAUCAGAACAACCCAAACUCAAGGACGAUUGAGGUUCUGCAAAGCAUGGCCAACUACUACGAUCGAGUGAAUGACCAUUGGAGGACGACGGGCUACCGGAAGGCGAUUACGACUUUGAAGAGGCAAGCGACUAGGAUUACUACAGAGGAGGAGGCGUUCCAGCUGCCCCAUAUUGGGCGAAGAAUCGCGCAGAAGAUUGAGGAGAUUGUCACGACAAACAAACUCCAACGACUGGAAUAUGCGCAGGACGAACCGAUGGAUGGCGCUCUCCAGGUAUUUCUGCGGAUAUACGGCGUGGGGAACAAACAGGCGCAGCAGUGGAUUUCCCAAGGAUAUCGAACGCUCGAGGACAUCAGGUCAAAGGCCAAGCUCAACCCCAGCCAGCGAGUUGGCGUCGAGCAUUACGACGACCUCAACACGAGGAUUCCGCGCCGUGAGGUGGAGGCCCUCGGGGCUUUUGUGAGGAGGAUGGCGGCGAGAACUGAUGCGCAGGCCGAGCUGAUUAUUGGAGGGAGCUACCGCAGAGGCUCUACCAGCUCCGGCGACAUUGAUUUCAUCGUGACGAAAUUAGGCACCGAGUCGGUAGUGCAGCUGCGCCCCUUUCUCGACGAACUGGUUCGUGCGUUGGAAAAGGACGGCUUUCUCACGGCGCGUCUGGCGUCGUUUCACGCCGGCGGAGAUGGGAGCAAAUGGCACGGGUGCUGCGUCCUCCCCAAGACCAAGGGCAUCAAUGACAGGGACUACCGGCCGGUCUGGAGACGCAUCGAUUUCCUGCUCGUGCCGGCGUCGGAGAUGGGCGGCGCGCUGAUUUACUUUACUGGCAACGACAUUUUUAAUCGCAGCAUGCGGCUGCUAGCGUCCAAGAAGGGGAUGCGUCUGAACCAGAGGGGCCUGUACAAAGAUGUGAUUCGGGGACCUGGCAGGGUGCGCGUCACGGAGGGGGAGCUGGUUGAGGGCAGGGACGAGAGGAAGAUAUUUGACAUUUUGGGCGUCAAGUGGCGAGAACCUCAUGAGCGGUGGUGUUGA